UUCAGAUAGAAAUUAAAAAAAAAAAAACAUAACAGUUGCAUCAGUCAUCGAGUAAUAUGAAGCAAGCCGUGUACAUUCUUCUUUUUGUUUUCUUUGUUUGCGAGGUUUUUGCGAUCGAUGGAAACGUUAAUAAACAAGAAUGUAUAAGAGAAGCGUCCGUGAAUCCGGCUUUAGUGGAGAAGGCCUAUAACGGUCAGGUGUCGAACGUUAGGCAACUCCAAUGCUAUUUCAAGUGCUAUUACGAGAAUGCUGGGUACAUGGAUGCCGAGGGACACAUCCAGCCAGAGAAACUAAAGGCGAACAUUCCGACCGGCGUGAAUAAAGUUAUGGCCAACAAAGCCAUAGACUUGUGCAAGGACAGAAAGGGCAAGGAUUCCUGCGAGACGGCCUACGUUGUACAGAAAUGUCUCCUCGACAACUCCAUACAGUUUUGAGAUUACAUAUUGAUUGAUUGAUUCUUUUGAAUAUUUAAAAUUACCAUUAAUUGUAAAUUA